UACAAAGCUGAAGUUCUCAGGUAAAUUAAAUAAAGCCUGUUAAUUUCAGCUCUAAAAACAUCAACAGUAAAUCUGCGUCUGAGUCUGAGUGUCAAAGUCACAGUGGGUAAAUCUCGUGUAUGUUCCAUUAAUUCAUGUUAUGUAACUUCUGUGUUGGUACGACGUCUUGUCAACGUGGACUGUGGAAACUGGCAGUAGUAACUAUAAACCUGUGAAGCAGCAGCAGUUUAGAAAGCUACUCUCACACUGUAUAAGCUCUAUGAAUACUAAUUACACGAGUUAAACACGGAUAUUCAAUAUACUGAACUCCUAAUACCAGAUCAGUAUCAACUGAUCCUGUGUAUUUGCAGCUGAACUGAUACAGUCUCAAUGCCUACCAGGAAACCAACUAACGCUCAUCCUACGCACUUUUUGCUGUGAAUGUUAAUGGACCUGCUCAGCCUCUGAGAUGCUUUAAGGAUCGUAAUUCAGUGCCUUUAUUGUAGAAGCGUUGCUGUUUUUUUUUUUUUUUAAACAAAUGUCACAGUAAGUGUUGACUGAUGAGUAGGAUGAGUCAGCCGGUGCGCGUAAAAGUCACUGCGUUUGCUUCCAUCUAGUGGUGGAUCGGUGUCAUUACGUGUAGGCUUCCAGUGAGGAGGAGGUAACGCAAGCAGUAUAUGAGAUUCAAUGACUGAAACUGACAAGCCUCAUCGAUUCAGUCUCUGUCAACUGCGUGAAACACACAGCACGCCCUGUUUUGUUUGUGUGUUUGAUGAACGCAUCGCUGGCUGCACUGACAGAAAAAAAAAAAAGGUGGAGGCCACGCAAAAUAAAUGCUGUGGCACCAGCAACAGUCGGUGCUGAUCGGUGAGCGAGGCUGAGCGUUUGAGACCACUGGAUGGUGACUGUGGCUCUUUUUUUCUUAAAUCCGGCAUCUGCAUUCAGCACCUAACGCAGUCAUGCCAGUCCACAAGAGGCAGCCCAGUAUUGAGCUGCUGGAAUUAAUGGGAGUUGUGAGAGAGAAUGGCAAUGACCAGACAUCACUUCCUCCUGUGCACACCCCACUGUCGUACGACUACGUCCUGGUUGCCAAAAGAAGCGUUAAUUGGGAGGGAGAGACUUUCAAGAAGCAAACUGCGUACAUUGAAGAACUGAAGAAAAAGAACAUUAAAGUCACAGAAAUUGUAGACGAUGAUCUCGUCUUCUAUGGGAUUCAAGCGCCUAAAGAAAUUUUCGAGAAGUACAGGUAUCUGCUCAAAGUAUCUGAUGCUUGUAACUGGAGCUCGGAUCAGAACAUUGUGCCACUCAGCACCAGGAUAAGGAUUGUCCACUUCAUCUUGAAUCACACCCCAAUCAGCUCAGGAGAGAAUUUGCGGGAUCUUCUGAAGAUGAAGGUUUUUGAAGCAAGGUUCUGCUUACAUGAGAAAAAGAAACAGAGAGAGCUGAAGGAGAGCUGGGCACGCUGGACAGCCUGUCUCCAAGGGCAACCCAUAAGUGCUGUCAGAAACUACUUCGGGGAGAAGGUGGCCUUGUACUACCUGUGGCUAGGCUGGUACACAUACCUGCUCAUCCCACCUGCCGUCAUUGGGGUCGUAGUUUUUCUUUAUGGCCUUGCCUUCUUUAACAGCUCGCCCCUCAUAAAGGAGGUUUGUGAGGCCGACACGGUCAUGUGUCCGCUUUGUGACACGCGAUGCAAAGUGUGGAAGCUCUCAGACACCUGCACAUAUGCCAAGGUGAACUUGCUGUUUGAUAAUAAUGGCACAGUGCUCUUUGCGAUGUUCAUGGCAGUAUGGGCAACACUGUUUUUGGAGUUCUGGAAGAGACAUCGAGCUUCCUAUGUGUGUGAAUGGAAAGUGUCUGAUUGGUGUGAGGAGGAGGAGGAGUUGAUCCUGGAAAUACUGAACAAUGUCAACUGUGAACCAAAACAGUAUAAGCACUCCUAUCUGCGUAGUACUCUGGUUUUGAUCUGUGUCACAGCGAUGAUAUUGGUGAUUAUCGGCCUGACACUUGCCUUGGUGGUGUUUAGGGCGAUUGCAGCAGUGCUCUUGGCUGAGGGAUCAUGGGAGUUUUUGAGCAACUACUCGAACAGCGGCGCAAUGAUGCUGGGGGCCGUCCUCCAUUACCUUGUCAUCACUGUCAUGACACGGGUUAACAGGAUUGUAGCCAUGAAGCUCUGUGAAAUAGAGAAAACAAGAUCAUUUGCUGCCACAGAGAAGAGCUUCACCGUCAAGAUGUUCACCUUUCAGUUUUUCACCUAUUUCUCGUCCCUCUUCUAUGUAGCCUUUUUUCUUGGCAGGAUAAAUGGCCAUCCUGGUGGUUAUGUCCGUAUUGCAGGAAAAUGGAGGCUAGAGGAGUGUCAUCCUAGUGGAUGUCUUACCGACCUCUUCAUCCAAAUGGCGAUCAUAAUGGUACUCAAGCAAACCAUCAGCAAUGUCUUUGAGUUCACUGGCCCCUGGCUCUGCAGGUGGUUGAAGAAAAAAAGGACCAAGAAGCUCCAGAGGAAAUGUGGGCACUGCUUCCUGAAGGAUGAUGCAGAGCCCAAACAUGGAGCUGAACUCUGUGAUAACUGCAAGCUUCGAAACUGGCUCAACAACUACCGUCUCAGUGAUGUCGACUCCUUCAGCCUGUUCAAUGAGUUUCUUGAGAUGGUGAUCCAAUUCAGCUUUACCACUAUAUUUGUGGCAGCAUUUCCUCUUGCUCCUUUGCUGGCUCUCAUUAACAAUGUCAUUGAGAUACGCCUGGAUGCCAUUAAAAUGGUCACUCUGGAGCGCAGACUGAUUCCCAAGAAAACCAACGAUAUUGGUGUGUGGAUAGAUGUGCUGGAGGCAAUUGGCGUCUUAGCUGUCAUUGCGAAUGGGCUGGUCAUUGGUGUAUCUUCAGACUUCAUCCCUCGAUUGGUGUACCUUUACCGCUAUGGCCCAUGCGCCAACGGCACAGCAACAGAUACUGACUGCAUGGUAGGCUACAUCAGCAACACUCUCUCCAUUGCGCGAAUGGGUGACGAGGAAUUUAACAACGAGUUUUCAUAUGAUCAGAUGAACAUUCCAGGUGACGUGAAUGUCACUUACUGCAGCUACAAAGACUACAGGAGCAAUAAGGACUACAGUUUUACCCCACAGUUCUGGCUAAUUUUAGCUGUGCGCUUUGCAUUUGUCAUCCUGUUUGAGCACGUUGUCGUCAUAUGCAAAUUCAUUGCAGCCUGGUUUGUACCGAGUGCUCCUAUGCAGGUCAAGAAUGACAGACUCUUUGAUAAACUCAAAAGACUAAAAGAGGAACUCAGUUCAUUUGAAGCGUGACAGCAUUCAGACUCUUUAAUGGUUCACAUUUUUCCCCUGAGGACAUGAACCCAAUGUUGCCUUGUGCAUUAAAAGUGUCCAGGCUACCACAGUGUUGAGUCAAACUUCGAAGCCAUUAAUUAUAUCUCUGAGGAGUUCAGACGGAGGGCUCUUACUCCCUUUUUAUUGUUUGCAGUCAAAUGUUAAAUGCUGGCUAUCUAGAUUCUCAUCUAUGAAAUGGGCUUUGAAGACACACUAUUUUUUCUUGGACAGAAGUGAACAGUAACUGAUUUUACUGACCAUGUUGUUCAUGAGAUUAUUCUAUUUUAAGAAUGCACUGACAGCUAACUGUUGGAUUUCUAUAUUUGUGAGACGUAUGUGAUUGUUUUUAUUGAAAGCCUAAACAUAAUUUAAAUUGCUACUGCACAUACAGUACUGAUUGUGUGUUAUAAUGUUGCCUUAUACUGUAAAAAAGCACUGCAAUGAAUGUCAUUAUUGCCGACAGAUUCUGAUGGUGUCUUUUGUAUAUCAGACGUAAGAAUGUUUUGCAUUAUGAUAUUUUAUAUUAUUGAAUAAAAGCGCAAAUUUUUGGCCUCA